CAUUUGUCAAAACACUCAUUUUCCGUAUUUUAUCCGAUUAAUCUUGACAAAUUUCUUCCACGGGUUUUGUGGGAGAAAUUUUCAUACUUAUUUUGUUUAAAUUUUUAAUAUAUCCGUGAACAUUUGAAAAAGGGUAAAAAUGGUAUUGACCCACGAUGUCAUCUUGCCCGAAGAAUCGGAAUUAACGGUGCCUGAAGUGAAUCUUUCCGCUUCGACUUUGAUGGCUGCUUCUGUUCACUUGGGAAAAUAUUGUGAACAUGCUAAUAAUGAAUUUAUGCUGUGUCGUUUUGAGGAGAAUGAUCCUCGAAAAUGCAUCAAUGAGGGCAAAGCUGUCACUGCCUGCACGAUGGAGUUCUUCAGGAAGGUGAAAAAGGCGUGCCUGCAGGAAUUUAACCAGUAUGCCAACUGCGUUGACAAGAGCUCCGGAGAUUUCAGCUUCCAAUAUUGCCGUAAGACUCAGGGUGUGUUGGAUCAGUGCAUGCUCGAAAAGUUGAACAUUGAACGUCCUUCAUUUGGAUACUUCACUGAAGCGCGUGUUCACGAUUCUAAGAGACCAAAACCACUGCCAGAACCGAAACCACAUUACCCCGACCCCACUCCAGCCUUGCCAGAAGAUGCCGAGAAGAAACCCCCGAGAUUCGGUUCUCGUUUCUACUGGAUGACAGAGUAAAGCGCUGCUAGAACUAGCAGACCAGUGUCGUGAAAAAUGGACGACAUAGCAAAUUGAUUGAAUGCUGAACUACCUACAAAAUUAAACCUAGAUUGUUGAUUCAUAGUAAAAAUGUACAUGAAACAUUAUUACAAAGAGCUUUGCACAUUAAUUUACCUCCUAAGUGUAACUGUAUUUAUAAAAUAUUUUUCAGAUAUGUUUUGUUGUUGAUCUAAGAUUAAUCAUGAAGAUGUUUCAGUGCUGCUUGUCUAAUGUUACUUUGUACAGUGAUCAACUAGUUUAUAAAUAUUGUAGAUCAAUAAAACUUGAAAAAAUAA